AGAUAUUUGAGCAGCUCUCAAGGUGACUAUCAAUGGUUGAGAAGGUUUCGUCUGGUCUGGCAGAGUGAGAUAUGCCAGGAUGCGACUGGACGCGGAGAGCAGUGAAGACAGGCAGUCGGUGGCCGGAGACGCAGGUCAAGAGCAACACCCAGUCAAGUUAAACUUCUGCGAAUCCAUUCGUCGCAACACCCACUGGAAAUGCUUCAUCCUAACGCUGUUGAUCAGCGGCUGCCUGACCGCCAUUUUGUGGUGCCGACUAUCGUCAAACACCCAGCAGCCUUCCACCAACCUCGGCCAAGUUUAUGUUAUCCAACUGUAUCAGACCAAUCCCUGUGAUGAUGGUUACGUCUAUAUUCCUGUUGCCUUUGUAGUUAUGCUGUACCUUGUCUACCUCGUGGAAUGCUGGCACUGCCACACAAGGCUUGAAUUACGUGGACGCUCUGAUGUGAAUACAGUCUAUGAAAAGAUCCAAGCAAUGCGGGAAGCCUUUCCUGUUGUGUGGUGGAAAUCUGUAUGCUACCAUUAUGUCAGGCGAACGAGGCAAGUGACCAGAUACCGUAAUGGAGAUGCCUUCACUAGCACCCAGGUCUAUUAUGAAAGGGUGAAUUCCCACACAGCUGGAUCAGCUUAUAAUUUUCUAAAUGCAGGUGUGAAAGAUAUGUCAAGAACUCUCGUAGGACUGGAGAAUUACUCAGCCAUAAAAAUCAGAUUCACCAAAGGGUUUUCAUUUGCGUGCCCAGAAGCAGAGGCAGAAUUUGAACAGCAAAGAAUUGAAUUUUUUCAGGAAAAUGAGAGUCGAGAUGAUUACAUGGAAACUAAAGAAGGAUUAGACUUGCUUAAUGCCAACUUCAGAGACUAUGUGAUUACCUUUGGGAAUCCACAACGCCUGCCUUGGUACAUUUCCCACAUUGUUUUUUGGUUCAGCUCGUUAAUGCUUCUUUCAUGGCCUUUAAGAGUGAUAAUACAAUACAAAACUGCCUAUGUCCAUUAUCAUGUCCAUAAACUAUUUGGUAUCAACUAUUUAAAUGUCAGCUGUGCCUCCUGUCAGGUGACAAGAAGUUCUACAGCUUACAGUAUAGAGUUGGAGGCAGCUAUAAAGCAAAACUACACUUUGGUUCCUAGUUACUCAGAGGCUCUCCUAAUGGAGUAUACUCGAGAUGCCAACAGUAACAUUGCCACUGCCUUAACCCCAACAAGUGUCAAUGGACAUGUGGUUUUCCCACAGUUAAUUGGACGAUCUUCAUCUAAGCCUUUUAAUUUAGUGUUUUGGGACAAAGAAAAUAAUAACGAUGAGUCAGAAAAUGCGACACCUCCUAGUAGGACGUCAUCCAUUGCCAAUUUCUUCAAUCAGUUAAGGUCUGGUUUAUUUUCCACUGGUGGUGCUUCUAGAAUUAGCAAGAAAAGUAAGGGGAACAGAACUUUCUUCCCAAUGUCAGUCUCUGCGUCAAAUUUUCAGGAAUUUGCCAAAAAAGUUUUAAAACCCACUGGAAAAAGACUUAGAGGGGUUUGCCAAUCAAGAAGUUACAAUGCGAGGCUCCCAACAGCUCCCAAAGCACCAGAUGGCAGUAAAGAUUCCUGCGGCAAAGCAGGCAAUCCUCAAAUGACUGAAAAAAACUCUUCUCAGGCUCAGGUGUUACCUCGAAAUGUUGUCAGUGCUAUGAAUAAUAAUUACUUAAGUAAAAGCCAGGAGCAACAAAAAGAUGAGAGUAAUGACAGAAAAGUGAACAGAUGUGCCUUAGAGCAAAAAAGUAAUAGUGAUUCAAAAUCUACUGAGUGGCCCAUCCCAGCAGAUAUGAAUGCAAAUCGAGUUGCUUCCAUUUAUACGGCAAAUACAGCAUCAUCUAGUGUUCAGUGUAGGAGUGAAAAUUUAGAUGGUGGUAACAAAGUCAGCAACUUUUUUCGACAUUCCGCCAUAGCUGACACAGCACAGAAAUGCAGUCUUCCCACACAAAUACCUGUUAAACCUACCAACACCACAUCACUUCAACAGUCUGAUAUGAUGAACAACAUGCCCCAUGAAAACCUGAUGCAAAACACUCAUAAUGUUUCAAAUACAAAUGAUGGUACAAGUUUGGCACAGAGUUUAUUGACUAGUGCGACCCCUAGUGAAUCCCCGCCAUCUUAUGAAAAUGCCCUCUCCAUGAGACCUGCCCCUGCUCCCACCCCCGCCCCCACUGUCGCUUCCCCAUCCCAAGAUGCACAAAUAUCAAACAAAAGACUUUGUCAGUUUUGCCAUAGCUCUCCAGUACCAGUGAGAUUACUGCAGGCAAGGCAGAGUGGAGCUGUCACUGAGAAUGCAGACCAACUUGAAGAAACUGACGACCAAAAUGAUAUUAACAUCCUUGAAACAACAAUUUAG